AUGAAAGAAAUAUUCUGGUUCCCUUUAAUUAAAAUUCUUACAUUUAGUGCCUUAGUAUGGAUAUCUCCCAAUUCUUAUAGGUCAGCUAUUUUGGGGGAAUUAUGGGAGAACAGAAUAGGCCUAAAUGACAAGUUAGAUGUAAGGAAUAGCAGAUUAUUAAGUGGAAGUUGCACAGAUUCCACACAUGAAAAUAGUGUAAACUUAAAAGAAAGAAAACAUAAUAUGUUAAAAGAUGAGGAUCAUUAUGAUGGAAGAUCCCCAAGUAGAAUGAGGAAUAAACCUAAUGCUCGGGAACAAACGCAAGAUCCAAGAUUUCGUGGCAAACCUGAUAAAUUAACAUCCAAAACGAAAAAUGAUAACCAUUUUGGAAGAAGAAAAGAUAAAAUAACAAAUGAAAAAAUUCAUAGAAGGUCAAAAGAUACUUCCGAUGUAGAUGAAGAUGAUAAUUUUCUUAAAGAACCAGAUGAUGGUUACUAUAGAAGAGAAGAAAAUGUUGAAUAUGGCGUAGGAAAUACCGAAUAUAAGAAACCAACAGAUAGUAAUGUUCAGGGAAUACAGAAAAAGCCGGAAGUGAAUAAUAAAGAUUUAGAAAAACUUCCCCUACCACCAAAUGAGAACGUUCCUAACAUGUUGGAAUACUACGAUUAUAGCAAAGUAAAGAAAUGUGUAAUGGAGAAGUUGAUAAAUGCACUUAAGAAAAUGGAUGUACAAUUUCAAUUAAAAUUUAUGCGUUACAUGAAAGCAAGGAAUUAUUCUGCGGAACGUGAAUUUUUGGAACUUCGAAGUGGGAAAGAAGUAAUUUCUUAUUAUUUUAGGAGGAACAAAAUAAUGUUGCCACUUGUAAUUCAAACUCUAAUUUUUUCUGUAUUUUUAGUGUUGACAGCUACUAUAACUAAUGCAUUUAUUGCAAUGUUCGUAAUGUCUUGUAUUUCCGGUGAAUUGUUCUUGAAUCUUUGUUACUAUUAUUUAAAAGCAUAUAUGAGAGUAAGAAGAAUUAGAAGAACUUUCAAAAAGCAUGGUGUUAAAAUUAACGAAUAA